AUGGAUUGGGCAAUACAGGCGGCGAGGAGGAAGACGCAGCGAUUGCCCGGGAGCUCGAGAUCGAUCAUAGAGACGCUGAACGUAUUCAACAAUGUGACCGAGGAAGGCCAGAAGCGGAUCGAUGCAGUCCUCCAGGAGGCUAAUGAGUGGUUGAAUGGCGAGGUUCUUGUUGCGAGAGCGGAAACGACGAAACUGCCGAGGCAGGAGGAGGAGAAAAGCGCUAUGGUGAGUCCCGAAAAGACGCUGAACAACGUGGAGUUUGAUCCCAACAUCGAAGAGGCUGAAGACGUUCCUGCUAGCGGCACGCCGUUGCGAGUUGUGCGGGAAGCGCCCAGCGCGACUCCUAAGUCUCUGGCGGACGAUAACUACACGGAAGAGGUGGCCAGGGACCAGGAUCCGGCCGUUUUGAAGGCUGCCAGCGGCAAAGUCUCACCAUGGUCGCCCUUUAGAAACGAAAAAUCGCUGAGGGGAGGCUUGGCUGAUCAGACAUCGGCUCCCUCUUCCAGGACCGAGAACUCCAGGGCGACCGACAAGUGGGGUCUGACGGAAGAGGUGAGGACGUCGACCGCGUCAGACUCGAAUGCCACCUCGAAGAGCGUGGAACAGAUCGUUCGAGACAGAUCGCAAAGGAGAUCGAACAUGUUUGUGCCUUUGCCGAGCCGUGACCCCCUCGUUGUUCAGCAGGCCGUGCCGGCAGCGCCCAAGGUGUCGAACGUGCUCCCAAGCUCGGGUAGUCCUAAGGACCCCACUGUAACUCGAGCUCCCGUUGAGAAAAAACCUUCAUCGACGCAUCCAAAGCCGGUGUUGGCUAACAAGAAGAUCUCCGCAAGGACCACUCAAAGCCCCACUUACAGCUCAACCUCCACGAGGAUUUCACAAGCCACUUCUAGCGUCUUUGAUAGACUGUCUUCCUUGCCUACAAAAUCCUUUGAGAAUAAAGUUACUUCUAAAUUCGCUGGUCGAAGAAUUUCUGCUUCUUCAUCGAUAGAUGUCACUGGUUCUCCGAUUAGAAGGAGGUCCCCAGUGCUCAGAAGCAGCGGGGCUACUGAAACGACAUAUCAGGACACGUUAAAAAGCAUCUUCUUCGCCAAGGAUAAGCGGUCCGAUUGGGGGUCGCGCUCUGGCAAGGAUAAAACUACUCUAGCAAGAACUAGACAGGCGGAUACCACGCGAGCUGGCAAGAACGGCGACCCAAGAGUUUCCCCGCGUUCCAAAAACGGAAGGAUUUCUAAAUAUCAUGCUUCACAGGCUGAAAAUAAUCGAGGAUACCAAAAGAGCAAGAGCGCAUCCAGAGCAUUACAAAAAGCUGAUAUCACUGAGAGGAAGGCUGCACCGUUGAAGCAUAGCGUGGAGCAAGCUAAUGCAGCACGAGAAUCACCUGCAAAACCUGCUUUUUCUGGAUCAUCAACUUUAAGAAGCCCAGCCAUUAAACUUCGAGCAAUUGACAGAUCUGGGCAGAAGACGAGCGCAGAUCCUCAGCUGAACGGCAAAACACAGGAGUCUCAUAUUCGAUCUCCGAAGAAUAAGCCCAAAAACCAAGAUAGAUUGACAAAGUUUCAAUUAAUUCCACCAGCAGAGUCGGAAAAUCAUGACCUUAAAGAGAAACUAAAUAAGAGGCUGUCUGAAGUUAUGCGAACGCAACAGAACCAAAACCGAAGAAGAAUUGACCAGCAGAAGAGAAAAUCACAGUUGGACGAAGAUUUUAAGCGGCGAACGAGAUUAUGGAAUGAAAUGAAAGAGACGCCGCUCAGCUUGUCAACUGCUGUGCGUAGGAACAGCAACGUUACCCCAACUCAAACCAACACUGUGUUAUACGAUCUGAGCAUCACCGACCAUAGGACCGUAAUAGGAGAAGAAGCUGAAAGCCGCGAUCCAACUGCGGACAAUCACACUCUCCCUGAGAUUCAAUCUGACUCAGACGAUGAUGCUGAUUUUACAUUGGCCUCUUGGGCAAAGUCUCCAUUUCUGCAGCAGCAGUUAUACAGGCAACAAAAUUGGGAUCCAAGGGAGAUCUUUGGCCCUCUCCCUCCGCUGCAUAUUGACCAAAUUUUCCCUGACAUGCGGACCAAUAAACUAAAACCGCUGCAACAUUCGGCUAAAAGAAUAUGA